AUGCAUUCGUCUUCCCCUCGUCGGCCCAGCCCGACGGGAUCCGCUCCCUCUUCGUCCCACUCGUCCGGUCACACACCGGCUUCUAGCACUCGUCCACUAGCUCAACCCAGUAACUAUGGAAGCUCCUCCUCAUCGCUCAACUCGGGUCGUCGGUAUGCACCAGGUGGAUUCACGGCUGUGGGACAAUCUGGAGCGACAGCGAUCGCUGCCGCUGCUCGGACACAGCGAGAUGCCAAUGCUUCAGGCGUUAGUUCGUUAGGAUCGAACGAUUCCUUCGACAAGCGCCUAAGUAGCGCUUCCGAAAAGUAUUCUUACGCUGCUCCAGUAGCAUUUGCUUCCCUGCCCGACUCGUGGGGCAGGCCUGGUACCAUCGAAGAUGAUGAUUAUCUCCACGAUCCAAAGAUUGGCAAAUCGCCAAACAGUCGUGGUUCCAUCUUUACCCUUCGUGGGCUAGUCAACAUCGGAACGGUCGCGCUUCUCGCUGCUGGUCUGCUCAUGCUAUUCGGUGGAUACCCCCUCAUGUACCAUAUUCUCCAAGAGCAAGAAAGCAACAAGGGUGGUUUCGGUAUGGGAGGAACCAACAGCAGCGGGCAGAUUCCCGAAAACUUUCGCGGCCUCAUCGACCCUGACACGCCACGGUCGGCAUAUCGCCGAAGAAGCAUCGACGGUCAACGAAACAUGAAUCUUGUCUUUAGCGACGAAUUCAAUGUCGACGGUCGAUCUUUUUAUCCGGGUGACGAUCCCUUUUGGGAAGCAGUGGACCUUCAUUACUGGGGAACAGGCGACUACGAAUGGUACGAUCCUUCCGCUGUCACUACCGAGGGAGGUAACAUGGUCAUCACCAUGAUCGAGCAUGCCCACAGAAAUAUGAACUUCCGAAGCGGCAUGGUGCAGUCAUGGAACAAAUUCUGCUUCACUGGAGGUCACAUCGAAUUCCGCGUCAGACUUCCCGGCGCUCACGACAUUCCUGGUCUUUGGCCCGCUGCGUGGACGAUGGGCAAUCUUGGACGCGCUGGUCACGGUGCGAGCACAGAAGGUGAUCUCUGGCCCUACACUUAUGACGCAUGCGACGUCGGCACUCUCGCGAAUCAGACGUACCCCGAAGGUGGUCCCAUCGCAGCUGCGACCACAGGCACAUACCCUGAAGAGUACGGUGGUACGCUCAGUUACUUGCCUGGUCAACGACUUUCCAGAUGCACAUGUCCAGACUUCGAAGACCAUCCAGGUCCUAAGCACCCAGAUGGCACCUACGUGGGUCGAGCAGCUCCAGAGAUCGACGCAAUUGAGGCCGCUGCUGGUCAGCGCCCAGGCGUUUCUGGCGACGUCAGCAUGAGCUUGCAGCUGGCACCGUUCGAUGCCGGCAUGAACAUCACGCUCGACGGUGGCGCUGUCGAGUAUCACUCGCAAUUCUCCAAUGGACAGAACAACUACAAGGGUGGCGUGUGGCAGCAAUGCGCUAGCAGUCUCAUCACCACUCCAGACAACAACUACGAGGACACGGGUGGAGAAUACGAUCAGUAUGGCUUCGAGUACCGACCUGGAUACGAGAGCGAUGGCGGCUUCAUCACCUGGACUGCUCACGGUGGCAGACCGAUGUGGACGCUGCGCGCCCGCGCUCUCGGCGCCAACCCCGAAACCGAAAUCGCCGCCCGGCCCAUUCCAGUCGAGCCCAUGUACAUCAUCAUGAACCUGGGCAUGUCCGAAGGCUUCUCUCCCGUCGACUUUGACAGACUUACCUUCCCUGCAAAGUACCUGAUCGAUUACGUCAGAGUCUGGCAAGACGAAGGAAGCGAAAAUGUGGGAUGCUCACCCGAGAAUAUGCCCACGAAGGAUUACAUCGACAGGCACAUCGAUGUGUACACCAACCCCAACUUGACCACUUGGACCGCGACUGCUGCUCGCGGAGGCUACAACCGACCUUUUGCGCCGAAUCGCCUUCUCGGACAAUGUUAA